GCACGAUAUACUCAAAUUUCUGCAGUUACACGUAGAGCCGGCCAAACGGGCGGGCCGGGUCGGUUCAGGCGGUUUUCGGACCGUCGCCGGUGAAACCGUAACCGGCACGCCAAGAUUGGCGGUCCGGACCGGGCCGUGCCGAGCUCCAGAAAACUAAAACCAUAACCGUAUAACACGGUUUACACGGCUUAUACGUGUUAGACGGGUUAUACGGUUCGGGCGGUUCGCGGUUCGAAUUCUAACAGUUACUAAAUUUAUCCCAGCAAAUUUUUAUAAAUUAAAUUAAAUUUUACUUUUUUUAAAGUUUCAAAUUCAUUUUAAAAUAUAAACUUUUAUGUUUUCAUAUAAAACAAAAAAUAAAAUAUAAAUAUCGAGUGUAUUAAAAUAGAAACUUGUUAUUAAAAUAUAAACUUUUUAUUUCGUUUAAAAUAUAAACUUCUAUAUUUUUCUAAUAUAAUAUAAUGGAAAUGGAGAAUCUUAAUAUUAAUUUAAUUAAAAAUUUUAAAAUAAUUUUUAUGAUAGUUGACAUUUAAUUUAAAAUUAAAAAUUAAAAUAUAUAAUAUCGAGUGUAUUAAAAACGGAUAAAACGAAAGAAACCGUGAACCGCGGUUCACGGUUCGGUCACAGUUCCUGUGUAGUGUUGCACUGUUGCCUGUGUCACUGUGUGCUGUGUACGUGUGCUUGCCAAUCAAACAAAAUAAUAAAAAAAAACUUCUAUUUUUUUUAUAAUAUAAUGGAAAAGAGAAUCUUAAUAUUAAUUUAAUUAAAAAUUUGAAAUAAUUUUUAUGAUAGUUGACAUUUAGUUUAAAAUUAAAAAAUAAAAUAUAUAAUAUCGAGUGUAUUAAAAUAUAAACUUUUUUAUUUCGUUUUAAAUUAUAAAAUUUUAUGUUAAGAUAUUAUAUUUUCUUAGCAUAUAUAUCCAAAUAUAUUAUGUAAUCAAAUUUUCCCCUUUUUUUAAUCAAUUUAAUUAAAUGAAAUUUAAGUUAAAAAUGGAUGAUAAAACUAGGAUAAAACGAAAGAAACCGUGAACCGUGGUCCACGGUUCGGUCACGGUUCCAAGUUGCCUGCCUUGCCAGUUGCCAUUAAAGUUAAAGUUACAAAUUUUUCAUCAAAAUAAUUAAAAAUAUACCAUUAUAAAUUAAUAAAAUAAUUAAAUUAUACGGUUCACGGUUCGGUACGGGCGGUUACAGGUUCGACGGUUUUACGGUUUAAACGAGACGGUUUGAAUGAAUUCCAACGGUUCCGGGCCGGUUACGGUUCGGUUUUAUAUUUGAUAACCCGUAUUCGGCCCGUGUUGAGUGACGAUUUGGUCGGUUUUGAACCGAACCGUAUUUAGACGGUUCCGGGGCAGUUAAAAAGACGGUUCGGUUCCGGUCGGACCGGACGGUUUGGCCACCUCUAGUUACAUGAGCUUUACACAUUUUUAUAGUAUAGACAGCUGAUAGUCAGUUUACAUGCAAAAGCACCUGGCCCACAAUUCCACGUCAUGUUAAAUAUAUAGCGCAAAUUUUCUUAAAAUAUAAAUCACAAAUUAAAUUAUAUAUAUAUAUAUAUAUAUAUAUAUAUAUAUAUAUUUAAAUCACAUCGAUAUAUAGCACAAUGCUAUGCAAUUGAUCGUUCACAAACGAAAAAAAUACAAUGAAUUAAGAUUAAAAAGAAGCUCACUUAUUGAUGGGAGAAAUCAAAUUAAAAAGAGAAGUAUGAUGUAGAAUCAUGAGUGGUGUAUUCAAUUAUGUGCGAUGACUUCUAAAACCAAAAAGUAGACUAAUAUGAAGGACUUUUAUAGUUUAUAUUUAAGCAAUUGUUUAUAUAUAUAUUUAUUUAUCAUAUAUAUAUAUAUAUAUUUCAAAAAAUAAAUAGAUUUUAAUAACAUUCGGGAACCGUAUAAUAUUAGUUGAUUACAACUUGAUGAAAAUAAAAAGGUGUUAAAGGAAAGAUUUGGACAUGUGCAACAAUGUAUUCAAACUGCUACGAGAAAAGAAAAUAUGUAGGUGUCCAAUUAAUUAAUCUACCAUAUCCCAUACUAACUUAUCUGACCAUUACAGGCAUUUUACGAAGAUAUAGAUAGUGUAUAUUGUGCAGUUCCAUCUCCCAUUUCAUAAACUAUCUAGUUAUAUUGUUCACUGGUUGCAAACUUGUCAUUGGAACGAAGAUAUCAAGAUAAUAUGAAUUGCAUGAUGGAUAUAAAAGUGUUCCACCUAUGUUCUAGUGAUGUCUUAAAACAUCAAUAAGUGUUUUAUUUUCAAGCUACUAUUAUGUUUGUCCUAAACCAUUUUCAUCAAGAAAAUAUUAGUUUCCUUCUAUUUCAAUAAAUCUUUGCUGUCAUCUUUUCUCUUCCUUUCAAAAUUCAAAUAUAUUAUUAUUUUAAUAAUAAGAGACAAUUAUAAGACAUGUUGUUGAAGUUCAUGUGUCCUAAAUCAUUGAACACUAUUAUUUAAUAUAUUUAUAAGACAUUUGUUAGUACAUUGUUGUACUUGCACUUUUAGGAGGUUGAAACGGAGCUGUAGAAACACUGUGGAUCUAAUACCCAUGAAGGAAUUAGUCCAGUAUCAGUUCACUUUUUGACGAGAAAAGGGUUGAUAUGUUCUGCUGCAGAAAUUAAACUCAAGUGAUUUCACAGUCUUUUGUAGAAAAAACUUGCAGUUUUCCAAGACAUUUGCUCUACAGGAAAUUAUAGAGUAAAACUAAACGUAACGCAUGGAAAGGAUUCUUGAACGAUACGAUAGGUAUUCAACAGCAGAAAGACAACUUGUUGCAACUGAUACUAUAUCACAGGGAAGCUGGACUUUGGAACAUGCAAAGCUCAAGGCAAGGAUAGAAGUUCUGCAGCGAAACCAAAAACAUUACAUGGGAGAAGACCUAGAUUCUUUGAGUCUCAAAGAGCUUCAGAAUUUGGAGAGCCAGCUCGAUUCAGCUCUAAAAAACUUGAGGUCAAGAAAGAAUCAGAUGAUGUUCGAGUCGAUUUCUCAACUCCAGAAGAGGGACAAGGUUUUGCAGGAACAAAAUAACAUACUAUCAAAGAAGGUCAAGAGUAAGGAGAAAGAGGUAGCCCAACCCCACACUCAGGAGCAACAAAACCAAGAGAGUUCAUCCAGCGUUCUGCCUAUGUCACUGGAACCCUUGAAUAUCACCAGAUGCAGUAAUAUACCCCAAGGCAGAGGCAAUAUUGUUGGAGAUACUGAAGAGACAUCUCAGCAACAAAAUCAAACCAACACAACAAUGCCAGCUUGGAUGCUUUCAUAGUGUGGCUAUCGGGAAAGAAGAUGUCAUAUAUAUAUUCACACAUAUAUGUCAUCAAUGCCAUACAUACACACUGGUAUAUACUCUCUCGGUACAUAUAUUUCAAAACAGAAGAGUGAGUAUGUCCUAAAUCAUAGGUGAUUCUAUGUGUACCAUCAUCUUUUUGGGUCUUGUUUGUGUUUUUAUUUGGAAGACUGGAGUACAAAUUUUAACUUCCCUUGCUAAGUCUAGUCUUGUCUGCAUUACAAUUUCAAAGUCCUAGACAUUUUGUGCAUAUGGUUUGAGUUGUUUUUAUGUAUAACAUGUUUCGUGGAGUGCUCAGUUAUGUACAUAAUGGUAUAGGUUAAAUCUAAUGAAUUUUGUUCUAACUUUGGUAAGACAUUGUCUGUAUCUUCAAUUUUAUUGAGGUGAGUUGUACUGCUUA